AUGGGCGCGGCGACGGCCGUCUUGGUGGCGGUCAUCGUGUCGACGGCGAGCCUCGCAGACGCCUGGAAGUGGCGCAAGUGGAACCUGUUCGACGACAACGACGGCGACAGCGUGGUGACGGUGGCCGCGGACGGCAGGGCAGUCUACCCCGUCUACAGGACGUACAGCGGGUAUCGGACUGUGCUGCUGCGGCUGCCGCUACCCGCCUUGCCGGAUUUCGGACCGUCAGUGGUGACUCGAGUUCGCCACGUGUACGGCGUGCCGCCCCCGCUGCCGCCCCCGCCGCCGCCUCCGCCACCACCGCCGCCGCCCCCGGCCACUAGAUACGGCGCCCCCGCCCCCGCACCGAGCAACGCCGCCGCCACCGCCGCGGCCGUGGCGGCUGCCGUGGCCAGGACCGUCCUGGAGGUACCCGCUUCUUUUCGUCUUCUCAAUCUCAAUGUCGCUCCUAAAGCCCCGCAGUCGCUGACGCGCUGA